AUGUCGUGGGUCGGCGAGGCGCUUCUUACUUUGCACAACUGGAGGAACAACGUCGCGCAGAUCAAAUGCAACAUUCAAAAGGAACCGAAGCCGCUUCGCAUUGGCGUCAUAUCCGCGGCUGCAAUCAACGGACUCGCUUUAUUCGACGCGGUGGACACUCAUCCUGGAGUGGUGGCGUCCGCUGUGGCAUCAAGGUCCGUGGAAAAGGCACAGGCACAGAUUGCCAAAUAUGGUCUGCAGUCGACGCGCGCUUCCGGGUCGUAUGCCGAGCUCUUGGAGGACCCCGAAAUUGAUGCUGUCUACAUACCUCUUCCAACUGCAUUUCACUACGAAUGGGCUAUCAAGGCCAUGGAGGCGAGAAAACACGUCUUGAUCGAAAAGCCUGUUGCUUCCAACGCGGAGCAGGUAGAAAGAAUCAAGAAAUGCAGCGCAUCGACUGGGAUGGUCGCAGUAGAGGCCCUCCACUGGCGAUUUCACCCAGCUGCUCACAGUAUCAAAGCCACCAUUGCAAGCGGCCAAUACGGAAACGUGCAAUCAGUCUCGGCACGGAUGAUACUUCCGCGUGGGUUGUUGAAACAAGACGAUAUUCGUCUGAACUACAGUCUGGCAGGCGGUGCGUGCAUGGACCUUACCUACGUAUUCUCGGCGACCAAGUAUUUCGCUGGCCCUACUACAAAAGAUUUCAAAUAUAAGGUCCUGGAAGCCACGGCGAGGCCUACAGGGAAUGACCCCCGGGUCGAUGAAGCAAUACGAGCAGUGUACUCGAUCGAGUAUCCGGAUAGACCGGCAGUCGUUUGCACCGUGGAAGCCGAUCUAAGUCAACCCAAGUUGUUCGGUCUGAUCCCCAAGUUUUGGCACUCGACACCCGUUGUCGUUGUCGAACUCGAGCGGGCCCGAAUCGAGUUCUCCAACUUUGUUCUGCCCUGGGUGAGCCACCAAAUUACCACCACUGAGAAGGAUGCAAAUGGUGGUUUGACUACCACGCGGAAAAUAGAACAGCACUACUCUGGAGGACCGGAAUGGGGCAGCAAGGGCCAGAAUUGGUGGACCACCUAUAGAUAUCAACUCGAGGCAUUUGUUGCCAAAAUCAAAUCGGCAUCGAUGGAGAAGGAAUCAGAGACGCCAUGGAUAAGUCUGGGCGAUAGCGUGCAAUUGAUGGAGUUGAUAGACGCUGUCUAUGACAAGGCAGGAUUGCCUCGACGGGGACUGUGA